AGCCCUGUUUUGUGUGUGUAUCCGUGACUCUUGACAGAAAAUUUUCACACGUUUCCCAGAAGGCAGAAAGAAAGAAUAAUUUCCGGAAUAUUAAAGCGAACAAGUUUUCAUUAAUUGAUUGCAUAUUGGCCCAGUGAUUUUUGAGAUUAAACGAUGCCCGAGGUAGGAAAGAAAAUCGCAGAGUUGCGGGUAUGCGACCUAAAAAGUGAACUCGAGAAACGCAAAUUGGAAACUGUGGGCCCAAAGGCUGUGCUCAUCGACCGUCUGGAAAAGUCCCUCAAAGCGGAGGGCUUAGACCCGGCCACCCACUUGAUUGUGCCGGGUGUGAAGGGGAAGAAACCGAUCGCCAUGCCCAUGAAGGAGCCCCAUUCGGAGAUAAUCAUCAAGGAGGAGCCCCUCGAUGCCGAAGAGGAGGAUCAGCAGCAGCAGGAUGACUUCGAGAACGGCAACGACUUCUCCCACCAUGCCGACGAUGAUGGGCAUGAGAUUGACCAAGUCGGCGAUGUGGACGAUGAGUGUGUGAUCCUCGAUGACGAGGAUGAAGAUGAGGAGGAUGAGGAGUACGAUGAUGAGCACCAGAAUGGCGAUGGCGAGGCCGAAGGAGACGCCCAGGCAGAGGCGGAGAACAAUGGCGAGGACGAAAAGGCCAUUAAUGACAUUCAAGGAGAGGAGGAAAACACCGGGGACACCGGAAAUAUGGACAACGAUGAGUCCAUCAAUCUGACCAUCGGUGAAGAUGAGCAGAAGCUGCUGCACGAUGAGGCACCCGACGACAAGUCUAUUAAAUCUGUCAAACCGGCCAACAAAUCCGAAAAGUCCAACUCAAAGGAUGCCGACAAGAAAAUUGACGAUGGCGCUCGCUCUAAGAAAAGGGAUGAAAAAUCAUCUGACAAGAAGGACUCUAGCGAUCCAAAGUCGUCUGGAAAGUCAUCGAACCAAAAGGAUGAUAAAGAGAAAUCGACAACAGCAGCAGGUGGUGCCGCAUCCUCCACUGCAUCGAGUGCCGGAGGCAGCAAGUCGGGAUCCGGUUCGAGUGCCGGCAAUGGUAGCGGCUCCAGCUCGAGCAACAACAAGCAGGCCACGCUGUCGCGUAAUCUCUGGGUCUCUGGCCUGUCCACUUUGACCCGGGCCAGCGACCUCAAGGCCGUCUUCUCGAAGCAUGGCAAGGUGAUCGGCGCCAAGGUGGUCACCAACACCCGUACCCCGGGCACCCGCUGCUACGGCUACGUGACCAUGUCCUCCUCGGGGGACGCCUCGCGGUGCAUCGAGCAUCUGCACCGCACUGAGUUGCACGGACGCAUCAUUUCGGUGGAGCGCACCAAGAACGAGAUUGGCGGCAGCGUGAACAAGGAGGGCAAGGGCAAGGCCCCCGGUGGUGAGGCCGGAAACCAGAAGAAGAAGGACGACGACGGCGGCAAGAAACCCGCAAGCGGCGGCAAGGGCUCCAAUGCCAACGGCGGAGACGACAAGAAGGGCGGCGAUGGAAGCGGCGGCGACAACAAGUCCAUUGGCGGCGAUUCCAAGCGCGAUGGCAAGGAGGGCAACAGGGAGCGCCACCAGCGGCGCAUCGACGACCGGGGCAAGUCGUCCGCCAGCCAGGAUCGGACGCGCCACGACCGCGAGCGAUCGGGCACGGCUGGCAACAAGGGGCCGGAUCAUCGUCAGGGGCGCAAUCCGCGCGACGUCGACCGUGAAAUCCAGCAACGCCAGAGGGAGCGUGAGCGGCGCCAGCGGGAGAUGCUGUCCUACCAGAAGAUACGCGAGGAGCGCGAGCGCCAGCGCGUAAGGGAGCGGGAGCGCGAGCAGCGCGAGGAGGAGCGUCGCCGACGGGAGUUCCGCGAGCGCCAGCGCAUAGAGGAGGAGCGGCUUCAGGAAGAGCGACGAAAGCUGGCCGUCGAGCGGGAACGGCUCGAGCGGGAGAAGGCGGAGCUUCUGCGCAUGGAGCGCGAGCGCCAGAAGCUGGAGCGAGAGAAAAUCGAGCUGGAGCGCCUCGAGCUGAAGCGACAACAGAUGAAGAUCAUGGAGUCCCGCGACGAUCCUGGCAAGCGCGGCGUGAGCAAGCGCGCCGACGACCGCUACGGAGACGUCUCCGAUCGCAAGCGCCCAGCCAUUUUUGAUGCCCCACCACCACCAAGAUUCGACACAAAUUUAGUCAGCUCCCGCAGCACUUAUGACAAAAAGCACGAUGACUAUGGGUCCUCUUCGACCACCAAGCGUGUGCUGGAUGACUACUCCAGCUCCAAUAAGCGCCUGGACUACGCCAAGCGUAACGACUACACAGCCUCGUCCGGAUCGAAGCGUGGUGCUGUCGAGGACUAUGCCGCCGUUCCCAGCAAGCGCUCCAACGACUACGGCGGCUCGUCCUCCAGCAAACGCGAUGACUACAAGCGCGAAGUGGAGGUCCGUCACUUGCCACUUUCGGGAACUGCCGGCGGCGGCGGCGGCUCAAGCAGCUCUUAUCUGCACAAGAACAACACAUCGGGCGGAGCCGGCUCCUAUGUGCACAAGAACAAUGCCAGCGGCAGCGGUGGACGCUACAACGACUCGGAUCGCAGCAACACCUCAAACUAUAGACGCGAUGACUCACACAGCCUGGGCAACAAGCGCUACGACAACUCCAGCGGCGGCGGUGGCGGCUACGGAGGCAGCAGCUCGAACAGCGUUAACAUCUGGGCCCCGUCCUCCGGAGGAAGCUCCCACCUGGGCAGCAGCGGCGGCGGCGGCGGUGGUAACCAGAUGAAGUCGUACGGCAACAACGGCAUAUCCUCGAAUAUGCAUAGCACAAAUUCGUGGCAAAAGUCGACCACCGUCGACGAUAAUAGCUGGCGCCCAGUGCCCGGACGCUUCGAUCGAAGCUACAACGAUCGUUCCACUGGCUACCAGGGCCAAAGUGGUGGAGGCGGAGCAGGCGGCAUGUACGGAGCCAGCCGUCCCGCCCAGGAUCGCUAUAGCGGACCGGUGUCGCGCUACUAGGAACCGUGUGCAUUUCACCAGAGGCAAUUCGAACUAGGCAUCCUAACAGCACCCAGCCAAUACCUAUUUAAGACCCCACCACCCGAAUGACUUUCCCACAGCGCCUAGGAGCGCUGCUUCUAGUUUAGUUCGCGUUAGUUGUACUUUUUAGCUUCUAAACAAUUACAUUUGGAAACCAAUAAAUGUAUUACCAAAACAUA